CUUUGCGUAGUGGUAAAGCAUAAUUUUCCAGGAGCAGACGGAGUGCGCGAGAUAGAGGCACCAAAAAGAGUAUGGCGACGUGGGGUGGUGAAAAAUUUGAGGAUCACAGUCAUGCUGACGAUAUCGAGGCAAAUUUGAAUAAUAUUCUUGUGACACAUGAUUUACAAGAUUGCCUCGAUGACAGCCUUGAUCUGCCCAGUUUUGUUAAAAUUUACGGACAGUCCGACGAUUUCGAUUACGAAAAAUAUUCGGACGGUGAUCCCCCCUACAACGAAAAUCUACAUGAUGACAAUACAGGAUACAUUCAUCACACCAUUAGUUCUGAUGAAAUUUAUAUGCGAAUACAUCCAGGCAACAAUGAUAGUAUGCCAGAAGACCCUUCGCAUGCAGUUAUUACAAUCGAAACCACAGAUCCAGAUACUAAUCAAAAACAUAUUAGUCGAUAUACAUGUGAAUAUGAUGGCUGUUCACGUACUUACAGUACAGUUGGAAACCUGAGAACUCACAUGAAAACACAUAAAGGUGAAUAUCGAUUUAAAUGCUCUGAACCAAGUUGUGGCAAAGCCUUUUUAACUUCUUAUAGUUUGAAAAUUCACAUCAGAGUGCAUACAAAGGUCAAACCAUUUGAAUGUAAUCACAAUGGAUGUGAAAAGGCAUUUAACACCCUAUAUAGAUUAAGAGCUCAUCAAAGACUUCACAGUGGCAAUACAUUCAAUUGUGAAGAAAUGGGCUGUGUCAAAUUUUUUACAACACUUAGUGAUCUUAAGAAACACAUUCGUACUCACACUCAAGAGCGACCAUACAAGUGCCGAGAAAAGGGUUGUGGAAAAGCCUUUACAGCUUCUCAUCAUUUAAAAACACACAGGAGGACACACACUGGAGAACGCCCAUAUAUCUGCUCCUACAAUCACUGCAAAAGGUCAUUCACUACACCACAUAGCCUAAAAAGCCAUCUAAAAACUCAUAAGAAACUCUCACAAUCUGAUGAAAUUAAUAAAAAUGAAGAAAAUACAAAUUUUAAAGAAGAGAUUAAUAAUACUAAUAGUAUAGAUAUUACAUCUGAAAUCAGCCGAACUGAUAACUUGGGACAAACUGUUAAUAAAGUUCCUGUUGCUAUUGUACUUUAUUCUCCAAUGGAGCUUUAUGAACAAGGAACAAAUAUAGAUUCAAUUGAAAAUCUUUCUAAUAAUGACUUACAAAAUCUUAUCAAUAAUAAUGAUAAUUCAAUACUUGAUAUUUUUCAUCCCCAAAAAAUAAACAAUUCUACAAAUCAAGAUAAUCCCAAUAAAAAAAUUAAAGUUAGUGAAAAUAAUCAAAAUUCAUUUAAUAAUUUUAAUAAUAGUGCUGAUUAUAAUCAGUUAAAAUUAUUUGAUAAUCAAAAUCACGAUAUUGAAGUAAAUGCAGUGCAUGAAAACAACAAUAAUUCAAUAUUACAAAUACGCAAUGUUGAUUUAGAUAAUUCAUUAACAGAAGAUUCUUCUGAAUUAACACAAACUAAUCUUACAAAUAAUUUAGUAAAUCAAUCUAUCUCUAAAGUUGAGAAUUAUAUACAUAAACCAAUGAUAGAUUUAAUGAAUAGAACUUUACAUAAUUGUGAAAGCAAUGUUAUAUUAUACAAUGCCUUAUCUAGUCAAAUACCAAAUGUGUUAAAUAUGUCAGAUGAUAAUCAACUAAUAACAGAUGAAAUUAAUAGAUUAUCUUUUGAAAGAACUACAACAUUUGAAAAUGAAACUUCUAUCGAAAACAUAAAUACUAUAACUUCUGCAGAUACUAUAAGCAAUAAUAAUGAAUCGCGUGCUCUUGAAUUAGCUCUAGCAUCUGAAGAAGAAAGACAAUCUCCGUGGAUUGAUAUAAACUCUUUAACAAGUGAACUUUCAGAUAAAAUAAUUGCUUCUACAGCAAUACCAACUGUUAGAACAGAAUCAACAUGGUCAGAAUCUAAUGCUCUGCCUAUAGCUGUUCAUUCUCUUGUGAAUUUACUUGGCCCAGAGCCAUAUCCAUUAGAUGUAAAGAACCAACUCCAAAAAACAUCUGAAUUAGAAACUGUUAGUUUAAUAGAUGCAGGUAUAUCAUCAAAUGGUAAUGAGGAAAUUGUUAUAAAUUAUACAGACUAUCCUAAUGAAACUUGUUCAAAAAAUGAAACAAAUAAAAUAGAAGAAACUUCUCGAAAUAUACUUCAAGAAAUUACAGCUGAUGCUGGUAUCUGUAAAUGUGCUAGCUGUAAAUGUGAUACUGAGGAAGAUAAUUGCCGAAAUUGUAAUCAUAUAGGAAAUGAGAAUCAAGAAAAGCAACAGCCUACAAUUAAUGAAGCAAGACAAAUAAAUAUAUCAGAUAUAGUUUCAUCUUUACAAAAUAAAUGUUGUUGCAAUAAUCAGAAUAGUUGUGGUUCAUGUUGUGUCGUUAUUUGUAUAAAAACAUUACAAGAACUACAAGAAAUAUUUAAUACUUGUUGUAAAAGUACAAGCAGUGCAGGAUGCUGCAAAAGUAAUUCUCUGAGUAACCAAGGUAUAUCGUUACCAAUGACUUCACUAAAGAGUCAGUUGGCAGGAAACCAAUAAAGAACAAACAGACUAGUCCAAAACCAAGAUGUUAUAAUAAUAAGUAGAUACAUAUAUACAAAAAAGGAGUAAAAAAUAAAUAAAUUUU